CUGCGGGCUGACUGUUUGACGUACAGAUUAUCUCGCGGGAUUUAUUACAAGACUUCAGCUAUGGGACCUUUGUAGCUAUGCCAGAUAACAAAUCAUCAGGUCGAUUAUUUUCAUUAUUUACACUAUCUUUUCUCAGUCUUGUGCGAUGAAGUACGGAGAAGGACGAGGCGAUGGGAUCCUCCGCGCACUUUGGAAACCAAGAAUGUGUAUGUGAAAGUGGACAGACUGGGGCCAGUCAUGGAGCCUGAGCUGAACUGCAGCUCCCAAUGUGAUUCCCCGCUCUGCUUCAUCCACUCAGGAGUCAACAGGCAGGAGGGCCUGGACGUCCUGCAGAGACUAUGUGGUCUCAGCACGGUGGCAGUGGAGCUCCCGAGGCGGCCUCUCUCCCCGGUGUUGUGUGCCGUGAUGUGGACGCUGCUCUCCUGUGGCAUCCUGCUGGCGUUCUGCUUCCUCCUCUUCACUCUGCGCUUCAAAAACAACAGGAUAGUGAAGAUGUCCAGUCCCAACCUGAAUGUCCUGACCCUCUUUGGAAGUGUCCUCACCUACAUCAGUGGCUUCUUGUUUGCUGUUGAUGAACGGACAUAUUCAGGAACGUCUACGGCUGUGUUACUGGCUCGGGUGUGGACCCUUUGUGUGGGCAGUACUCUGGUGUUUGGUCCUAUUUUGGGGAAGACGUGGAGACUGUACAGGGUAUUCACACAGAGAGUGCCUGACAAGAGAGUGAUCAUUCGAGACAUCCAGCUAAUGGGUUUGGUGGCCCUGUUGAUCCUGGUGGACUUCCUGGUUCUGACUGUAUGGAACCUCACGGACCCCGUCAGGUGUUCACGAUCUGUCAGCGCUGUCGUAAAGGUGGUAGAAAGAGACGUUUCCUACUCUCUGUCUCAGCUGGACACGUGUUCAUCUCUAUACUCAGAUCUGUGGGUCAUCCUCAUCGCUGUUCAGAAGGGUUGUCUCCUCCUUUACGGGACCUAUCUAGCUGGGCUGACCAGCACCGUCAGCCAUCCUCCAGUCAACCAGUCUCCCACUAUCAUAACAGCUGUCACCCUAGUCACCCUAUCCUCAGCUGUGGCUGUCCCUGUCUCCAUCUUCCUGCAGGGUUACCCCAACCUGGUUUACAGCACUGUGGCAGGAGCAAUUUUCAUUAGCACUCUGGCCACUAACUGCAUGCUGUUUGUGCCUCAGCUGACACAGUGGAGGCAGUUUGAGGAGGAUCAGAACAACCCGAGUCAGAUGGCAAAGUAUUUCAGCAGCCCGAGUAAGAGCCAGCCGUCAGUGUACAGCCAGGACGAGAUCUACUACCUGCUGGGGGAGAACAACUCCAUGAAAAAACUACUGAAUGAGAAGAACGCUGUGAUCGACAGUCUCCAGGAGCAGGUCAACAACGCUAAGGAUAAACUCCUGCGACUCAUGUCAGCCAGUCAGCCUCCUGAAGACCAAGACAUGGACUCCUCUAACACAAACCUCAACUCUUCCUCCACUCAGACCACAGAGCUUCAGUCUGAUCAGAUCUCUUCUUCAUCUCUACCUCAGAGGGACACAAAAUUUCCGCUUUCCCUACCUCCCCUCACUGCUACUGCUGUCCCCUCAACUGCUAUUAUAUCCCCAUCUGCUCCAAAACCUUCAGUUUCUGUUUCUUCUCCUCGCUCUGGGGAUAUUUAUGAGGGAGAAAACAAGAAAAGUGUCGCUGCAAUUGGUGCUGCAGGUGGAGCCACAGAUGAGUCCAGAGCAGGGGAUCCCAAAGAGCCAGAGUCUCUGAAAUCUCAUGGCUCACUCAGGACAGCAGAGGAAACUGUUCACUUUGUCACCUCCCUACAGUCCCCCAGAGGAUUCAACCCUGAAACUCUCAACAAUCAGAGUAGCUUAACUCUUAAUCUGAGCCCAAAUAUCAGACCGGCUGGUUUUGUCAGCAGUGAGCAGUUGCAGGAAAUCCUCCAGGAGCUGAAUGUGGAUGCCAUCAUGGAAACUGCACUCCGAUCUCCCGGUCAGACAUCCAGAACGCCGUCCCAGCUGAAAUACCCUGAUUCUGCACUCUCCCCUCUCUCUCUGCGGACUCCACGUUCCCCUCAUCCACCUCUUCUCUUCCGCUUCCCCAGCAUCUCCCCUUAUGCCAUGAGGAAACGACGGCCGCCCUUCCGCUCCUCCAGACGAGGUUUGGCCCCUCACUGCUUCUACAUGGGCUCAGAGGCUGCUGCUUGUGGGAGGAGAAGGGACAACUGUGUGCUUAAAGACACAAACAAGCACCAAGAUGGGGCAGCAAUCGAAGGGACCCUCAUCCAGGUUGAAGACUCUGAUGUGGAGAAGGAGGAGGAAGAAGAGGAAGAAGCAGAAGGGAAUGAAGGGAUUCGAAAAUGUCGGAGAUGUCUUUCAAGGUCCCAAAGAUGUCACGCAACUCCAUCAGACGUGGAAGCAGGGGGUGAAAAUAGUCAAAAGAGGCGCAUUAGAGACUCCUGUGGGUACUGGGACUCUGACUCCAGCAGCUCAAUGGACUACUGUUACUACCACCGUCCUUACUGUGACUCCUGCCUUCAGCGAGGCUCGCUCCUGUCCUCUGACACCUCCUCAGACUCCUCUGACAGCGAGUACGAAGGCUACGCCGGCCUGUAUCGCUCCCCACACCCUGUGGUGUUCAAAGAAGACCUCAAACCCACCUUUGUAUGAGCAGAGGGUUACUGCACUUGUCACAUUUCUUCGUUUCCACCACUAGAACUCACGUCCUGAGGAAGAAAUGAGAUUAGAGAUUUAGAGCAAAAAGAGGAGUUUGCAGUCUUUAUAAAGAAACACUGGUAAUCUUGAAUCUUGCAUGCUGGGACAGAGUUAUUCUUCAACCAUGUGAAUCAUUAUGUAGCUCUUUUUUAUAUCAAGUAUGGCAUUAUUUGUAUAUAUAUCUGCUGUCAAAGAAAAGUCCUAACAUUACAGAAAUGUUUGAUUCAGACAUUUAGAGCAAAAUGAAAAGUUUUCUCUAAACAGUUUGGAUAUGUACUGUAUUAGCUGGUUGUGCAAAUUCUGUAUUUAUUUUGAUAUUUAUUUGAAGUUUCUGUCUUUGUAAUACUGUUUUUCAUGGUCAAAUCAUUUUCUUUAAAGUUAAUAUGCGAUUCAA